AUGUCCAGAGUAUUUCUUGAAGAAGACAUCGCAACAUCUCCCACUGCUUCAAGUUCAAAUCUGAAUACCUCGGAGGGCAUGAACAGGUUUUCAGAGCCUGAUGACGUCGCCUCCGCGGACCAGGAUUCUUCGACAUUUGGAUAUCCAUUGCAACGGAUGGUGCCCGUAGAGUCCUGGGAUAUAUCGACCGAGGAUUUGUCGUCAGAAUACGAUCACGAUGCGUAUCACCAGAUGUCUCGCCCUCAGUCCGACUCCUCGUCCACAUCGACUUUCCACCAUGUCGACUUCGAGGCCGUGAUCGACGAAUACAUAAAGCAAUGUCCGACUGAAGAUGGUCGGGAUUUGCCGUUUAUUAGUUCUCCGAUAAACAACCCUGAUCAUUUAAGUUACUCCCUUACCCUGAGGAGGAUCCCUACGACUAGCCCAGAGUACCUCAUUGUCCAAUAUCUCACCUCCAAUGAGAUACAUCAGGAUCCGUGGAAUCCCGCUCCACGAGUACUCUACAAGACCGAACGAGACGGAAAUCAUAUACUUUGCUUUGAACGUUUGUCAGAGUACGACCAACCACCUUUUCAAAAUAUUGCGAAUGUCAUUGAUUUUAUUCGGCAAACUCUGGAGGGUCUAUCGUUCCUUCACAAACACAAGAUAACACACCUUGGCUACAACGAUCCUCGUGGCUUUAUGAUGGAUAUCGGCCAUUCUUUGCCACAAAAUUUUGAUCGCACGCGCUUUCGCGUUCGCUAUCACCGCGUCAACUUCGCGCAAGCUCAAAAACUCAAUGGAGAUAUAUCGAUACGAAGUGGUCCAUUUCUCGAGGAUGUUCGAGAAUGUGGCAUGAUGUUUCAAACCGUACUGUCGGACGUACCCAAAAUUGAUUCAAAACUGAAGUCGCUUUCUAAAGCCAUGACUGGCGGUGAGUUUGGUGCGGAAGAUUCUCGUAAAUUGUUUACUGCUCUGUUCCAAUCUGUCGACUACUUGAUGUACGACGUCCCCCUGUUUACUCCAGCACGGACGUCCUCAUGA